AUGGGUUUCCUAAACGCUUUAACAAGCGUGUUUUAUCAAAAUUUUAAGGCAUUGGCUUGAAUAGAUUUGAAAAUAAUUUUACAGAUGCAACUGCUAUCGAAUAAUAUGAACCAACUCUUCGGAGAGUCAAACGAUGACGAUGACGACUAUGACGAUACUAAGAGUGUUAAUCAUAAAAGUUAUAAGGACUGUAAGAAUAGAGUUCAUAACUCGGAUUCCUUCACAUCCACAUCUGCAUCCACCAACUCCGCGAGUUCUAUGCGUAAAGGCACUGAUUACGGGCCAAAAUAUUCGCAAUCGCAGCAAUAUAAUCAACGAUGAUGAACCAAAUCAUCAUAAAACAAUUGUUUUAAACGUGAUGUUACACACUUGGCAGGACUGGCUUGUUAACGCCGCAUAUAUGUUGACACCCAGCAGACUUUCACACACUUUACGUACAUUUUACUGCUGCAUACGUAUAAGAAAGCAAAAAAGUUGCAAAUGCAAAAUAAUAAAAGUAAAAAAAAAACAUUCAAAUAUAUGAAAAUCGUAGAGAAUAUAUAAUUUAAUGUUCGGCCAAGGCGUCUGUAAUUGCGCCACUAAAUAAAAAAAUUAUGAAAAGAA